AUGCAGGGGACAACGCGCUGGUGGCCCUGCCACCUCGCACGUGUGCUGGGACUGCCACCUCGACUCCCAGAAACCUCUGGGGAGGGCAGACCGAGUCCCGCCCGCAGCCACCGGUUGGUUUCCCGGCUGGGGACUACACUUCCCAGCAGGCCUCGUGCACAAAUCAAAGUCCACUUCCGGCGCGUUCGGGCUGAACUGCCUGAGGGUCGGAACCUUCAGGGCCGGGUUAGGCAGGGAGAGGGCGGGCCUGGGCGUGGCGUGGCGGGCGUGGCCUGGAAGGGUGCGGGUGUGGCGGGGGGUGUGUCCGUGAGCCGGGGCCUUGGAGGGCGUCUGCGGCCUGGCCAGGAGAGCGCGCCCCUCUCUGGUGACAUGCGGGGGGUGGCGAGUGCGGGGCGCGGCGCCCUCUGCACGAAGCCCAGGGCUGGUGGAGACCCUGCGGUGCGGACUCCAGCCGCUCGUGGGCGCCCCUCCCGCGGAAGGCCGCGCUCCAGGAAUGGCCUGGCCUCCCAGAGCGGGCGUGGAGCGGUGACCUCAGGGCCUGCGCACAGAGCGCUGCUUUCCAGAGAUACCAACUUCCUCCAGGAGAUUAGCCGCAAACAGGAAGGUGCCCCUACAGGAACUAAACUUAAAGCCAAGUCUCAGGGCGUGGUGACAUUUGGGGAUGUAGCUGUUGUUUUCUCCCAGGAAGAGUGGGAAUGGCUCAACUCUGAGCAGAGGAGUCUGUACUGGAAGGUGAUGCUGGACAACUACAGGACCCUGGCAUCCCUGGGACUUUGUGCUUCUGAGCCAGAUAUGAUGGCCUUAUUGGAAGAAGGGCAAGAUCCCUGGGUGACGAAAAGAAAGGUGACAGGCCGGUGCCCAGACGUAAAGGCUUUGCUGGAGACCAAGGAGUUCCCUCCAGAGGACUUUAGUGAGGAACAGCCGUCCCAGGCACUGCUAAGAAAGCAGCCCCUGCACCGUAGACCCACGUGCUCCGUGUUAGGUGGCGGUGGCGCUGUGUUCCAAACACCGAGGGGCUUGAAGAUCAUCACAGAAACAGCUAGGGACAGCUCUGCACAGCUUGCGUCAGCCCCGCAGCGUCUCUGUGCGAGUGUGGCGUGGGAGAACUGUAGUGGCCUGCUGUCCGUAGGCCAGCGUUCUGUACAUGGGGCCCAGGAUUUGUUUCCAAAGCAAGACUCAAAUUCUGAAAGGUUAACAGGCAGAGCUUCGAGCACCAAACUUGAGUGCUCUACCUUCAGGGAAGAUUGGGAUUCUGAGAGUGUGUUUGAAAGAGAUGGUCAAGAUGCACCGUUCGAGCAAGAGACAGUUGCUCAGAACAAAGCGUUCUCAGAGAGGAGAGAGUGUGUGUAUAUCAAACCUGGAAGAUGGUUUCAUUUGAACAAUUCAGAAGAGAGAAGUCACAAUUGUGACUCAGGUAAAAGUUUCUCCCCAGAUCCAGUGGUCGUAAAAGAAACAGGAAUCUAUGCAGGAAAAAAACUUUUCAAGUGUGAUGAAUGUAAGAAAACUUUCACCCAGAGCUCCUCCCUCACGGUUCACCAGAGAAUUCAUACCGGAGAGAAACCCUAUAAAUGUGAUGAGUGUGGGAAGGCCUUCAGUGAUGGCUCCUCUUUCUCACGACACCAGAGGUGCCACACCGGCAAGAAGCCGUAUGAGUGCAUCGAGUGUGGGAAAGCUUUCAUACAGAACACCUCCCUUGUUCGUCACUGGAGAUACUAUCACACCGGGGAGAAACCCUUCGAUUGCAUCGAUUGCGGGAAAGCCUUCAGUGACCACAUAGGGCUUAAUCAGCACAGGAGAAUUCACACUGGAGAGAAACCUUACAAAUGUGACGUGUGUCACAAAUGCUUUAGGUACGGCUCAUCCCUCACUGUGCACCAAAGGAUUCAUACUGGAGAAAAACCGUAUGAGUGUGAUAUUUGCAGAAAAGCCUUCAGCCACCAUGCCUCACUCACUCAGCAUCAAAGAGUACAUUCUGGAGAAAAGCCCUUUAAAUGUAAAGAAUGCGGGAAAGCUUUUAGGCAGAAUAUUCACCUUGCUAGCCAUCUGAGGAUCCACACCGGGGAGAAGCCUUUUGAGUGUGGGGAGUGUGGGAAAUCCUUCAGCAUCAGCUCACAGCUUGCCACUCACCAGAGAAUUCACACAGGAGAGAAGCCUUAUGAAUGUAAGGUGUGUAAUAAAGCGUUUACGCAGAAGGCUCAUCUUGCACAGCAUCAGAAAACUCAUACAGGAGAGAAACCGUAUGAGUGUAAGGAAUGUGGCAAGGCCUUCAGCCAGACCACUCACCUCAUCCAGCAUCAGAGGGUUCAUACUGGAGAGAAGCCUUAUAAAUGUCUGGAGUGUGGGAAAGCCUUUGGUGAUAACUCAUCCUGUACUCAACAUCAGAGACUGCACACGGGCCAAAGGCCUUAUGAGUGCGUGGAAUGUGGGAAGGCAUUCAAGACCAAGUCAUCGCUUAUUUGCCAUCGACGAUGUCACACUGGAGAGAAACCUUACGAGUGUAGUGCAUGUGGCAAAGCCUUUAGCCACCGUCAGUCCCUUAGUGUCCAUCAGAGAAUUCAUUCCGGGAAGAAACCGUAUGAAUGUAAGGAAUGUAGGAAAACCUUCAUCCAAAUUGGACACCUUAACCAACAUAAGAGAGUCCAUACUGGAGAGAGAACGCAUAACUGCAAGAAGGGCAGAAAGGCCUUCAGGCAGGCUGCACACUUGGGUCACCAUCAGCGGAUCCAUUCUGGAGAGUCACCCGCUCACCCUUUGCCUGCCACAGCCAGUCCUGUGGAUCUCUUCCCCAAAUUCGUCUGGAACCCACCCUCACUUUCAUCAUCAUAACCUCAAACACGCUGCCAUUUCCACUACAGUAUUUUUACCAACCCACCUCUCUGUCCCUCUGUCCACUUUUGUCCCUUACAAGUUUGUUCUUCAUGUUGCAGUCAGGUUGGGUUAUUUUUGGAGUGAAAAAUGUCAUUAGUUUGCUCAUUGAAAACUUAUACUCACCGGUUAAUGCCUGCGAUGUGCUUAGCACAGUGCCUGAUCCAUACCAAGUACUCAGCAAACUUGGCUCUUAUUUAAAAAGUUUAUUUUUGAAAAUGGAAAUUUUAUUGUAGUCAGCCCUGAUAAAAAUGAUGCAAUAGAAUGAGGCUAGGAGGAACCAGAUUUCAGAACAGGAAGGGAGUUCUCUUGAGUUGUUGCUGAGACUUGCUUCUUUUCCUUGAAAACUUGGUUCUAAGCCAGGGGUAUGGUGCGCUCACCCGUAAUCCUAGUAUUCAUGAAUUCAAGGCCGGCUGGGGCAACUUAAUGAGACCCUAUCUCUAAAUAAAAACAAAACAGUUGCUCC